AUGUUGGAUAUAAAAGAUGAUGAAUAUAAUUCCCUAUGGGCUGAAUUACAGUGGCCUAGUGAUAAAUUUGAAAGAGUAAUGAAGUGUUUUCGUAAAUAUGCAGGUAUAAAUGAAGGUCUAGAUAGAAAACAUUUAAUAGAUCUUUUGUUGGAUAUAGGUAAGAGUUGCUACACAAUUCGUGGGGGUAUAAAGUCUUUGACAGAAAGGGGGGAUUUAUGCUCCAUUAUGAGUGGAGGAGAUUAUAUAAAUGGAUCACAAUUUAUGUGUUUAGCUGCUUUAAUGGAUAAUUCAACACCUCAUUCUACAAGUAGUCCAGCAGGGAUGCUUAGACUUCAACUAAUAUAUUUGUACUAUGAUAAUAAUUCUAAAGGUUACUGGGAUUCUAAUGAUUGGUAUAAUUUAAUGACUGAUAUUCAAUAUCCAGCAGAAAAUAGAGAGAAGCUAGUACCAUAUCCUUUAUCAGAUAAUCAAAAAAUAAAAUUUAGUAGUCUAAAAAAAUUGGUAGAAACAAGGAGACUAAGAGGAACAUCCCAAUUAUUACGAGUAUCAUUUGAAGGUAAGAAGAAGAAAUGUAUAUAUAAUAGGAAUGAAGAGAAUAUAUCAAAUAUAAAUAUUGAGAAGCCGAAUGUAGAGAUAUCUAUGAAUACUCAUAGAUCAUCUACAUUUUGUGAUGAUGGUAAUAUUAAGAGUAAAGAAGUAAAUAAUAAUAUAUUAAAUGAAUCUUUAACCAAAACAAUAUCAUCAGUAGCUAAUCCUCUAUAUAGUGGAAUUAAUAAUAACCAGGUUUCAUAUAUUCCUGUAAUACCACCUGUCCCAAUUUUUCCAGUAAAUCCUGAAAAUACCCCUGUAAGAUUUUCAGGAUCUUAUGUUCCCCAUCCAGUAAUAUAUCAAAAUAGAUUAAAUUAUUCUAUAUCAACACCUUCAGGGAUAUCUUUAGGAUCUCCAGUUCCUGUAUCUGGAAUUCCUGUAUCUAUGAUUUCCCCAGUAAUAUCACAAAAUGUAUAUCAAGUAAGGCCUAUGGGACAAAUACAUAAUGUGAAUGUUCAAGAUAGAAGGCAUACACAGAUGAUGCAUCCAGUGCAAAAUAUUAAGAAUAUGCAACCAUUACAAACUUUGGGACAAUCUUUACAAAAUAUUGGACGAUCUCUACAACCUAUAGGGCAGACACUUGGGAAAUCUGUACAAUCUAUGGGCCAAUCUUUAAUUUCAAUGAUACCUAAGGUAUUACCAGUGCAAUCAAAUGUUAAUACAUCUCGAAUUUAUAGGGAGAAAAAAGUUGUAAAAACAUCACUAAAUAGUGAUAUAAGUCCAAGAGGAUAUAGACAUGAAGUUCUUGAACCUGUAAUGGAGAAUUCUGAAUUAAAUGAAAUGAAUCUAACUAGUUUACAACAUACAUUGAUGCCAAAUAUUCAUUCUACAUAUUCUAAUGAUCAUUAUCCAAUGUCUAUUGAUGUAUUUAAAUAUUCAAAUUUACAAGUAAUGAAGGAUCAACAAGAAUUAAUAGAUAAUAAAGAUUCAAAAAUUAAAGAUGGAGUUGCAAAUUUAUCAUCUGAAAUUUCUGCAGCUAAUAAGGAUCAGAAGUCUAGUUUAAAUAAAAUUCAAGCUAAGCAAAUAACAAUUUCUUUUACAUUUUUAGAACAAUUAGUUUAUGAGAAUAUAACUACAGAUAUGAAUAUUACUGAAACAAUUAUAAAGAAGCAUAAUGAAAUGUUUGUAAUGGAUCCAAAUGAAGUGAAAUCUUUUGGAAACUUAAUAAUUAUUAAAACAAUGGAUCAAUUUAUGUUAACUUUUGCUUUAGAUUGUAUUUUAAGUCAUGAAAUUAUGAAUGCAGAAGAUAGUAGUACCAAAUUAGAUUCUGGUAUAUCUGUAGAUGAAAUUCAAGAGAAAAUCCAAAAACUAAUAAAAUUAUAUCAUCGUAUAUAUCGUAUAAUGUAUGAAGAUUUUAAGGGACAAUAUAAGAAACGUAUUAACUCAAAUAGUAUACUUAGUGAAUACAAAAACGAUAUAGAUGAGAUUUAUUCUUAUAUACCUUAUGUAGUCAAAGAAGUUUGGAAUAUAAUUCAGAAAUCAAUAGCAGAUUAUCAAAUUGAUUCAAUAGAAACUAUCAAAGAUAUCUGUGUUGUGUAUUAUCAUUAUAUAGUUGAUAUGAAUGGAAAAACUAAUAGUAUUGUGAAAUAUCAUUCUAUUGAUGAUAUGAUUGAUAUUGUGAAAAAACGAUAUAUUCUUGCAAUGAAAAUGCUCUCUUUAAAUAAAUAUACUAAAGAUAAAAUUAAAAGUGGAUUAUUAUCAACACCUAAAACUGCAAAUUCUACAUAUAUGAAUAAUUAUACUUCAAAAGUGGAUGGGCAAAUAUCUACCUCUUAUAGAAAUGAGAAUUUUAAAAUCAAUUCAUCAGUUUAUCCACUUCCAACAGCUACAUCAUCUCCCAUUAGACUAAAACAGGAUGAUUUAUUUAGUAAUGCUUCAAUAAAUAUAGAGAAUAAAAGUAGAAAGCUAUUACAAGAACAUUAUUCAGCUCCUAGUAUAGUCCCUUGUUUAGUAGAAGCCAAUUCUAAUUUUAAUGGUAGCAAUAAUGAAAAUAAUGAAGCUAAUAUCUACAUAAAUAGUCAACAAGGUUAUUCCUCAAAUAUACCUUACAAACAAUAUACUAGUUAUAAUAAACUCCCAAUAAGUUCAGCAAGUGCAAAUAGUUCUAAUGAAGAUCUAUUGAUUGAUAGAACUCCUAUGGCUAGAGUUGAAAGAAAAUCAAGAGUACCUUCAAAGUUACAGUGA